AUGAAUUUUGAACUUUCUGCACUUGAAAGAAAUCACACAUGGACUUUGGUGAAUCUCCUUGCUGGUAAGAAACCCAUCAGCUGUCAUUGGGUAUAUCGUAUCAAGCAUAAAGCUAAUGGCUCUAUUGACAGAUAUAAAGCUCGUUUAGUGGCAAGAGGUUUCACUCAAACUGAAGGAUUGGAUUACUAUGGAACUUUUCCCCCUGUUGUUAAAAUCACCAUUGUUCGUCUUGUUCUUGCUCUUGCUACUAGCAACAAAUGGUUUCUUCAUCAGUUAGAUGUUGACAAUGCCUUUCUUCAUGGUGAUUUAACUUAA